GGGUUAUAUGAGAUCUCGCAAAUCUCAUCGCCAUCCAUGUUGUAGUAAGAUACAGUCAGAAUUAGGCACGCUUGACCCCAAGACACACGACAUGCUUCAUCGAGCAGCAUGAUGAGUAAGAAUCGGAUCAAGCCUUCACAGAUUCUUCCAUCCCAGUUUGUCAUACAUCAGUACCAUUCUCCUGGCUUAAGCACUAAGAUCUCUGGCCGAACCCGCCCCUUUUCCUCGUCUCCCAAGCGAAUGGCUGCGGCGCUGCCCAUGCAGUAUUACACAUGGGAUCGGGAAUCUCGAUUUCGAAGGAUUCGCUAUCUGCGUGGCUUUCCGACUACUCAGGCACCCGUUAUCCAUCCCGAGAUGCCAAGCCACUUUGCCCACAUUGUGACGGUUAUUCAAAGAUCGAUGGGAGACCAAGGUCUUCCGAGUAUAUCAAUUUCAUGGUCUCCUAACGAUCCUAAUUUGUUGUCGACUUCGUGGAUGUCUUUACCUCGGCACUCCGUCUUCUUGGGGCCCGAAACGAGACUUGGAAGGUCGGAAGGCGCAGCUUCUGCUCCGCCGCAUUUCAAAAUGACAUCUUCAGGUGUUCGAUCCUACAUGAUUUCCGUGCCAGUCCGAAACGCCUGGGGACGCCCCGCCACCGAACUUCGCCGUAAUGGGUCAAAUCUAGGUGCCGCACAAGAGAAACAAAAUGGAGAUUGAGAGGUUUCAGAGCGAGGAGGGGUGUGCGUGAGCAAAAACAUCUGUCUCUUUGUCUGUGGUGUGCGAUGGAGUAAUGGAGUAGCUCAAUGAAAAGGUUAGCCAAGAAGCAAAAGAUUGAGACAUUCUUGAUGCUGGUGAGAGCAGGAAAAAAAAGGGGGAAUAACAAGACAAAUACAGGAUUGCCGCCCAUACAAAAAACCCCUAAACCCCGUGACUCCAGGUUGCCCUUGAUUAUACCCCGCUGUUCUUGUUUCAUGUUUCGUUUUGUUCCCGGUUGUUCUGCUU